CGACGCAGAAGAAGCAAUAGUUAAGGGUUUCCACAUUGCAUCCUGCACUACCAUUCCUGACCUGCUUCCCAAUAGGAAAGAAGUCAACGAUGUUCUGAAGAAUGCAAUAUUAGCGCAGCCACUAAAAUAGUGGCGCUCCCUCAGCUGGUGCUCUGUCAGCUGGUAAUAUGACCAUUGGGGAAAUGAAGCAGAUUCAAAAGACGCUGGAGGUUGCCACAAAAGGAGACUACAAGUCUAAAAAAGCUUUGAUGUUGAGUAUCAUGAGGAGUAUGACGAG